AUGGACACCAAGCUGUUAACAAUCCGCACCCUCGUCUCCUCCCUCUCUUCCUCCUCCGGUCAAAUCCGCCUCGUCGCCCUCCGUCACCUCCGCCGCACCUCCAACGAGGACCCCGCCUCCCGCUCCCUCAUCUCCGCCGCGGGAGCAAUCCCUCUCCUCGCUGACGCCCUCUAUUCCCCCCUCCACCCCAUCCAAGACCACGCCGCCGCCACCCUCCUCAACCUCUCCAUCUCCGACCGCCAACCCUUCCUCUCCUCCCCCACCCUCCUCCCCGCCAUCGCCCACCUCCUUUCCCGCCAUGCAACCUCCUCCGCCGCCACCGCCGUCCAAUCCGCCGCCGCCACCCUCCACAGCCUCCUCGUCGUGGUAGCCGAGUUCCGCCACACCGUGGGUGCUAACCCGGACCUCCUCCAUGCCCUCAUCAGCAUAAUCAGCCAUCCUGACUCGCUAACGAGGUCCAUAAAGGACGCUCUGAAAGCUUCCUUUGGAGUUGCACUGCACCCGCCGAAUCGGAUUACAUUAAUCCGGAUAGGUGCAGUUCCUGUCCUCUUUGCGCUGAUCGCCAAAGACAAGGACGGGAAGAGAAAAGUUGGCAUAAUCGAGGAUGCCACUGCGGUAAUCACGCAAAUUGCGGCGUGCGAGGAGAGCGAGGACGCAUUCCUCAAGGUUUCGGGGAUUUCUAAGUUGGCGAUGAUGUUGUGUUCGGAAAGUGGAAGCUGUAGUUUGAGGACAAAGGAGAAUGCUGUUGCAGCGUUGUUGAAUUUGAUGAGAUAUGGGAGUGAGCGAGUGGUUGGGGAGGUUAGGAGCAAUGUUGGGGCGUUGGAUGGGAUCGCGUAUGUGCAGGAACACGGUAGCCCCAAAGGGAAGAGCAAAGCCAUGGUGUUCUUCAAGCUUUUGCUUGAUGGUGGAAGCAGUGGUGAUAUUGUUCAAGAUUUGUACCCGGUUGACUCUGAAUCGGGUUCAAGUUGCAGCAAUUCUAAGUAG